AUGGAAUAUUCCUCAGGGGCCUAUUCUUCUCAGGCUCCCUCUCCCGAAAAGUCAUGCGAGCUCUACAUACGCGACUAUCCUCAUCGAUCCAUCGCCAUUGUUUCAACCUCACACACUCUGAUUUUUCGAUAUACUUCCUCCACCAGUGAAGCCAUCGCGAACGGCUCGCUUACAUCCUUGGCUGCGUCUACGAGGAGCCGCGGAAACCCCGGCGAAGCCUUGGUAUCGAAAUGCAUGGUCGAGUUCGCACCUGUGUCGAGGCAUUUGCUGCAGGACUAUCGCCGUCUCACACAUCGACCGAUCUACGGGACACUAGGCUUGAUCACAGUUAACAGCGAGGUCUUCCUAUCCGUCAUUACACAUGCGACACGUGCUGCCACCUUGCGGCCUGGCGAGACUGUUGAACGUAUAAAUGGAGUAGCGUUCUACUGCCUGAGUAGCGCGGACUAUGACGAUGUCGUUCCUCUCGAAUCACUUGAUCCGGAGUUUUCAGAUUCUGCAUCGGUACAAUCUGGUCCUUAUGGACAAGGCCUUGGUCGGAGAGAAGUUGCCAUGGAGCACCCAUGUCACGAGCUUCGCAACCUACUAAGCAACGGAACAUUUUACUACAGUACAGAUUUCGAUCUCACGAACCGGCUUCAAGACAGACCAAUCAAUUCCAACUCGUUCGAAAUCGAUAAUUUUGACGAUGGCUUUCUCUGGAACUCGUUCAUGAUCAGUCCUCUUGUACAGUUUCGUUCCCGUCUCAUGCCUAAUGAACGAGCUGCACUUGAUUCGUCACGAAUACUGACAUCGGCAAUUCGUGGCUUCUGUAAAACCAUGACAAUUCCGCUAAGCUCUUCGCCCCUGAAGAAUUCCAAGUCAGGAAUGCCUUCCUUUAUGACUCUCAUAUCUCGACUAUCCUGUCGCAGAGCUGGAACUCGCUUCAACUCACGAGGUAUUGAUGAUGAUGGGCAUGUGGCAAACUUUGUUGAAACUGAAACCACUUUCUGGAGCCCGGCGGGAACCAUGUUCUCCUAUGCUCAAGUGCGCGGAUCAGUACCUGUCUUUUGGGAGCAAGCAGCCGAUCUUAUUCCAGGUCGGCAGAAGAUCACAGUCACCAGAUCUCCCGAUGGGACGCAGCCGGCCUUCAACAAACAUUUUGAGGAGCUCGAGCAAUCGUACGGAGCUGUCCAUGUCAUCAAUCUUCUUAGUGAGACAAAGCCUGGCGAGGUUGAGCUCAGUACACUCUACCACAAUGGUAUCAAACACUGUCCAUUAAGUCGUGCUGGCCCAGACGGAUCUUCGGACCAUGCUCUCUUGCGAGAAACCAAUUACGAUUUCCACGCAGAAACAAAAGGACCAGCGGGAUAUGAGGCUGCGCGAGACAUCCGCCGCUAUAUUGAGGACUCCACCGACGGUUUUGCCUACUUUCUUGCGGAGGAGACAAGCGAACCGAGAUACGACCAUGAUGGCUCCGGGCAAGCUCGUAUGGUGGUUGUGCUCCAGCAGGAGGGUGUCUUCCGAACCAAUUGUCUAGACUGUCUUGACCGAACUAAUCUUGUGCAGACCAUGAUCUCACAGAUGGCAGUUGAGGCCUUUCUUGGACAUCGUGGUGAAUUUGCUGCCUCUGAUUUCUGGAUGAGACAUUCCAGUCUCUGGGCAGACAACGGCGACUCUCUGUCCAAAACCUAUGCUGGGACAGGCGCGCUCAAGUCAUCUUUCACGCGUCAUGGAAAGAUGUCUCUUGCAGGGGCCGUGGCUGACGUGCGAAAGUCUGUCCAACGUAUCUAUCACAACAACUUCCUCGACCCCUCUCGUCAAAUCACUAUUGAUAUGCUUUUGGGUCGCCUCGUUGGGCAAGCGGCGGUCCUUCUGUUCGAUCCCAUCAGCGAUUUUGUGUCAACAGAAUUGUCCAAAAGGAGCAGCGAGUUCACGUCAUACAAUAGCAUCACCAUAUGGGUUGGCACGUUCAACCUUAAUGGCCGUACCGAAGGCGUCAAUGAUGAUCUUGGCCCUUGGUUAUUCCCGGAGACCUUGGGAGAUGCGCAGCCGGACAUCUAUGUGGUUGGUUUUCAAGAAAUUGUAGAGCUCAGCCCGCAACAGAUUAUGAACAGUGACCCAUCGCGGAAGAACUUAUGGGAGCAGGCCGUGAAGCACAAUCUUAACGAUCGACAAAAGCGGUUGGGGGGUGAGAGUCUGGCCAACAUUAAGAACGUGGAGGGUAGCGUGAAAAAGACGGGCAUGUCUGGCAUGGCUGGAAACAAGGGUGCCGUGGCGAUCCGAUUCGACUAUGCCAACACUCACAUAUGUUUUGUCACGGCACAUCUGGCUGCUGGCUUUUCAAACUAUGAUGAACGCAACCGGGACUAUGCAACAAUCCAUCACGGUUUACGAUUCCAGCGGAACCGGGGAAUCGAUGAUCAUGACGCCGUCAUCUGGUUGGGCGACUUCAACUAUCGCAUUGGGCUCAACUCAGAAACUGCGCGUGCGUUGGUGAAGAAGCGUGACUUUGAAACGCUAUACGAGAAUGAUCAGCUCAAUCUGCAGAUGGUGGCUGGAUUAUCGUUCCCCUUUUAUUCUGAAGCUCGCAUCACGUUUCCUCCGACGUACAAGUUUGACAUAGGAACCGAUGACUAUGAUACCUCUGAGAAAGCUCGCAUUCCUGCGUGGACGGAUCGUAUUCUCAGGAAGGGUUCCAACCUCAGACAGAUCUUGUAUAAUUCGGCACCUCUCAAAUUCUCAGAUCACCGGCCAGUCCAUGCUGCCUUCGAAUGCAGGGUGAGCAUCGUGGAUGAGCAGCUCCGAGAUAAGAUCACCAAUGAGUUGUAUCAACGUCGAAAGGCCGAGGUCGGAGACGCAACAGCUCAUCUUGGCACUGGCGAGGACAGCGAUGAAGAUCUCAUUGGCUACGAUUCUAUCGAGCCAGGGCUUCCUCCCGCAAGUUCGGAUGGGCAGAAGUGGUGGCUCGACAACAGGCAGCCCGCUCGUGCCGCUGUACCUGUGCCCAAACCCAGAAACGGGCAAGCCGUGGGGCUCAAUCCCAAUCGCCCUUCGAAUCCUUUUGGUCUUACCGAAGAGCCGGACUGGAUCUCUAUUCCAAGAUCAUCGUCGAAGGCAUCUCUCUCCAGCAUGUCCAGUUCACCAUUCGAAAAGGUCAACUUGCCCAACGUUAUGGCAUCAGGGUCGAGUAUUCAACCUCGAAAGCUGCCACCCCCAUAUGACCCAUCAGCAUUGCCAGCUAAGGUCGGGCGCAUGAAUCUCCUAGAUGACCAUGCUCCGAUGGGCCAUGUCGAGACGCCACCUCCGCCACCACCUCCGCGACGAGGAACAUCAGGAGUAGCGGCAAUGGGACAGACACCACCGAGCAACGGGUUUGGUCUUAAUAGGGUGCAGACUCAACCGCUACCUCCGCCUCUUCGGCCUACGUCAGCAGCUUCUCAUGCUUCCCAGUUCUCGCAGAACAGCAAGGCUGGGAAACCUGCGCCGCCAGUAGCAAAGAAGCCCGCACAUCUGACCACGACAUCGCCAAGCUCGAGCCCAGCACUGAGCCAGAGUGCCAUGGAAGACGACUUUCGGCCACCGCUGCCAACAAGGACUCCCACGGAGGGUCUUGCAGGAAGUCCUCGCUCACAGGGCAACGGAGUCGCCUCACGGAAGCCCGUAGCACCUCCGAAGCCUGGCGUGAACGGACCUGGUGCAAAACUGUCUAGCUCGACCGGAGCGGUAGGGCUACCCGGUAUGACGGGCGGGGUGCCAUCUCGGCGGGCAGCACCGCCAGUACAGCCCAAGCCACAGUUACCGCAGCAGAACCAGAACCAGCAUCAACAGCAAGGAUCUACGGAUCUAUUGGGAUCUCUGGGUGAGGGUCAAGAGGUAGGAGGGUGGGAAACGCUGAAGCCGAGCACAAGGGCAUAG